AUGGAGAGGGGGCCCACGGAGAAGCAGCUGGCCAGGCGGCGGUCUCAGCGAAACCGCCACAUCCAGCAGACGGGCCAGCUCUUCUCGGGGCUCCUGGGCCUUAACCUGGUGCUGCUGGGCGCGGCCGUCAUCUUCAGCAUGAUCUUCAACACGGCCGUCACACUGCACGACGUGGGCAUCCUGCUGGCCAUCUGCAAGGUCCUCUCGCUCCUUUGGUUCCUCUACUACAUCGUGGGCACCAUGCAGCGGCCCUGGACCGUGAGCCACCAGGACACGCACGCAGGAUCCAUCUGGGUGAGGGGCUCCCUCGUGCUGUUUGGCGGCUUCACCAUCUGCCUCAACGUCUUCCGGGUGGGCUACGAAGUCAGCCACGUGCAGUGCAAGGAGCAGCUGGAGCUCGUCUUCCCCUUCAUCGAGAUGAUCUUCACCGGCGUCCAGACCUGGGUGCUCUGGAAACACGCCAAGGACUGUGCUCAGUUCCAGACCAACCUCACCAGGUGUGGCCUCAUGCUGACCCUGGCCACCAACCUGCUGCUCUGGAUCCUGGCGGUCACCAAUGACUCCACACACCUGGAGAUUGAGGAGGAGCUCGUCGCUGAGACUGAGACUGAGACCAGCGAGUGUGAGUGUGCCAAGGGGACGCUGUGCAGUGUGUUCCAGAAGGGCUUCCUGAUGCUCUACCCCUUCAGCACCGAGUACUGCCUCAUCUGCAGCACAGUGCUCUUCGUCAUGUGGCAGAACGUGGGCCGCAGCCUGGCCCACCACGGCACCCUGCCCCGGCACGCCGCGCCCUUCCGCAUGCACGGGGCCAUCUUCGGGCCGCUGCUGGGCGCGCUGGCCAUGGUGGCGGGCGUGUGCGUCUUCGUGCUCUUCCAGAUCCAGGCCAGCGGCAGCUCCAUCGCGCUCUGGUCCUUCACGCUGUACUACGCCUUCUACGUGGUGGUCCUGCUGCUCAUGAGCGUGGCGUGCGUCACGGGCCUGGUGAUCCACGAGCUGGAGGAGCGCGAGCUGGACAUGGUGGAGAACCCCACGCGCAGCCUGGAUGUGGUGCUGCUGAUCGGCAUGCCCAUCGGCCAGAUGGCCAUCGCCUACUUCUCCCUCGUGGCCAUCAUGGCGAGCCCGGCCCGCGAGGACUUCAGCGACCUGCUGCUGGCCUACGCGCUGCUGACCGUGCUGCAGCACGUCCUCCAGAACCUCUUCAUCAUCGGCGACCUGCACCGCCAGCCGCUCUGGGAGUCGGCGCCCCGCAGCCAGGAGACGGUGCGGCCGGAGGCGGAGCUGAACGAGGGGCACUCCCUCAUCGACCUGGGCAUGGACCUCCGGCGCCUGUCGGUGGCCUACGUCCAGUCCUACACCAGGCUCAACUGGAAGCGGCGGAUGCUCAAGGAGGUGUCCUUCUUCCUCAUCCUCUGCAAUAUCACGCUAUGGGUGAUGCCGGCGUUUGGGAUUCACCCCGAGUUCAAGAAUGGGCUGGAGAAGGAUUUCUACGGCUACCACGCCUGGUUCACCAUCGUCAACUUCGGCCUGCCCCUGGGCGUCUUCUACCGCAUGCACUCCGUGGGGACGCUGGUGGAAGUCUACCUGGGGGCGUGAGGCCAUCCAGGGGACCCCAGCGCCAUCAGAGCCCUGACAUCCCACGAAUGGAGAGAGGGAUCAAGCUGGGGCCCCCAGGUGUCUCUGAGGCGGGGAGUCCAGCCCUGGCCAACGGCGGGGCCUGGAUACUCCACAACCCGGUCUGGGCCGGCAGGGGGAGCUCUGCCCUGUCCCACGGCCUGGGGACCCCAAAACUCUCCACGACUCGGAGUGUGAAAAGGGCCUCUCCCCUCCAUCUCCUCCCCCAGGCAGCCGGGGCCUUCAGGGGUGUCCAGCUGCCUGCCUCGGGGCGGGUCACCCUGGAAACUGCCCCCACCGGGUGUCUAAUGGCUGGCUAAUAGCCUGGCGCUGCCAUAAACCCUGUUUGAUCAAUUGCACGCAGGCUCCGGGCAUUUGUUUGUUCCCCGACCAGCUGGUGGGAAAGAGGAAGGGGCGGUUCUCCUGGGUGGGGCUGCGGGCUGGGCGGAAGGGGGAGGGGCUGGGGUCCUCGGCACCCAUCUCGGGGCCCUGGAUCACUGCAUCUGGCCCGCCGCAGAGCCGUGCCCUCAGCUGGCCUGGACCCACCCGGGAACCCUUCAAGGGCGGCCCUGGGUACCCCUGGCCCCCUCCCCGAGACCAGGAGCCCCCAUCACCGCCCUGGAGCGGCUCACCCCCAGUAGUGUGGGGUGUGGAGAGGGGUGGGGGGGCAAACAGGAGUUUGCAGCAGACCCCCCUGCUUGCCUGCCCAGGGCCCCUUCAGGGGU